AACAGAAAACCGUUAUUAGUUUGAGCGCUUGUUUCAAAUACAAACAAUAAAAUCGAAUGUACAAGAGUGAAAUGUUUGACACUUUAAAAUACUUGAUAAAUUUGAUGUGCAUGGAUAAUUUUAUGUGUUACUGAUCUUAUUGAUCAUAUAAAACCUCACCAUACAAAAAUUUAAAAUGGCGGUACAGCGGAGAAAUCAGCUCAUGGAAGAUGAAGACGUUCCUUCGCUCACGGAGGUCUACCGGCAGAUGGGCCCCGAGCUAGCAAGUCGCGUGCUCAGUCGCCUGCACGGUGAAACAAGGAUACUGGGUCAAAUGAUUCCUUACCAGGUGGAGAGAAUGUGCAAUAAGUGCGAACAAACCAGAGUGUGGAGGCAGUUCAGUUUGGAACGACUGAAAACAAUCACCCACAUGGCUAUUUUAAAUUUAGGAGAGCAAUAUUUGAAGCACUAUGAGGGAAAAUUUGAAGAAGAGAAAGAAAACGCAAUCGCUGUAGAAGUUGAUAAGGUUUUGUAUGAGCAUGAACUUCAGUGCAACAAAAGACUCAAAGAACUUCAGAAGGCAGGCGAGAUGACUGUAGAAAUAGAAAGGGCAAAACUGACGAAGUUAUUCACAAGAGUGUCAAAGGAAAUUAUCGAUACCACCCGUGAAGAAAUGGAGAAGGUUAAAAAAAAAGAAAUCGGAAGGGAAAGAGCAGAACUAGCUGCAUUAAUGGAGGAUCAAAUUAAGUUAGCAAUUGAAGAAACAACUAAGGAUAUGGAAGCUAAAUGUAAGGCGCAGCAGAAAGCAAACACCGAAUAUCUUAAGAGGAAGUUUUUUGCAGAAAGACUGAAGCUGACUCGACAUAAAUACGAAGCGUUGAGGGAGGCUGAAUUAAAACACAGAGAAGAUACCCAGAUCUUGACAAACCGACUGCAGGCAAAGCAUUUGGAGGCAAUGUCAUACGUCAUUCAAAUUGGGCGAGAAAAGUGUUUUAACCAGUUAACAGAACUGGCCAAAAGGUUUCAAGCACAAGUGAGAGAGUUGAACUGGACAAUAGAACAAAACGAAACACGCAUCACGGGUCUUGGAAGUGAAAUAACAGAAGCAAAAGACCAAGCUUCCGAUUGGGAGAUGAAGACAAGAGCAGUUCUGCAAGAGUUUCAAAAAUUCAUUAACUAUGUUCACAACAUAGUCGAAGGACAAGCUGACCAUAUGCUUUCGAUAGACAGACUGAAUAUGGAGGAAGUAGGUGAGUUGUUGUCUGCUUAUCUAGAAUCACUGGAAGCAAAACCAUCUGAAGUCGCAGAAGUAGGACCUAUUCAAGCGGAUGCUGCAAUUCAAACAGCAGAAAAAAAUACUGACGACAAAGCCAUCAUGACUGACAUCCAAGACGCAGAAGUUACUAUGACAGAUGCCAGUGAGGCACAUACACCAGAGUCAACCAAAGGUUCUGUAACAGAUUCUGAAAUCGAGAGGGCAAAAACAGCGGAGCAAAUGAAACAAUAUUUCAUGCACUACGAAACAGAUGAAAAGACUACAGAUGUAAAACCCGACUUAGUAAGAAAACGCAGCUUUGAUAUUGGUGAAAUAUACAUUGAUCUGUCUGGUGAAGGAGACAUUAAAAAGGCAGACAAGCCAAAAGAAAUAGACAUGUUAAAAGCUGAAGUUACCAAAAUGUUCGAAGAUUUUGUGCCUUCGGAUAUUGAGGUCGUUUACGAAGAGGAUGCAAUCGAAACUUGGAAGAAAGAAAUAUUACUCGCACAGCAUGAUUUAACAAUGAAAAGUAUGAUACGGUACUGUGAAGAUCCCUACAUAUACUUCAAAGAUGUGCUCCUUGAGUCACUCGACAAAUAUUUGACAAGAAAGUUGGAAGAAAGGGAUGAAACCACACAGUUUAUCCAGAACAUGCUACAUGAGCUCUAUGACGACGAUCGCACAUACUUCAAGGACGUACUCAUGGAGGAAUUAGACAUAGCACUGACGAGAAAGUUGCAAGAAUCAGAGAGCAGUGAUGCUGCAGCGACAAAAAAAUUCAUCGAAGACCUUCUUCAAGAUCUCUAUUAUACUGAUCACACGUACUUAAAAGAUGUUCUCCUUGAAUCACUUGACAGAGCGCUGAUGAGAAAGUUGCAAGAAUCUGAGAGCGAUGUCGCAGAGACAAAAAAAAUCAUCCAAGAUCUUCUUCACGAUCUCUAUUAUACUGAUCACACGUACUUAAAAGAUGUUCUCCUCGAAUCACUUGACAGAGCGCUGAUGAGAAAGUUGCAAGUAUCUGAGUGUGAUGUCGCAAGGACAAAAAAAUUCAUCCAAGACCUUCUUCAUGAUCUCUAUUAUACUGAUCACAUGUUCUUAAGAGAAGUUCUCCUCGAAUCACUUGACAGAUCACUGACAAAAAAGUUGGAACAAGAAGCCACAGACACGCAAACAUUUAUCCGAAACCUUCUACUUGGUCUUUAUGAUAGUGAUCAACAAUACUUGAAAAAAGUGAUCUUGGAAGAACUUGAGAAGAAGUUGAUGGAAAUGUGGCAGCCAGAUUCUGAAAUAGUUGUCACAGAAACAGAAGAAACAGAAACAGAAACUCAAAAGCGCAUCAAGGAAAUUGUACAGGUUCUAAAAGAAUAUCCCAGUUUAAUGUACAUGAUCAUUACCUGACCCAGUUGUAAACAUGUGGAAUGUUAAUGUUAACUAGAUCUUUACACCAGCUGAUAAUUCUAAAAUGCAGUACCUACUCCAGAGUUUUAUACUAUUAUAAAAUGGAAAAAAAGAUACUUAAGAACAUUAUCUUCCCCUGCUGGUAGUCAUACAACCUGAAAUCACUCAUGUAUGUACCAACUAUAGCACAUUCACUGUGUUCGACACUUUUCUUGGAGAAAUUAGUGGUUUUAUACAUAUGUACAUCAUAUAUCACAAAUAUUUUAUGCUGGCAUAUAUUUCUAUAUUAUUUUGAUAAAAUAAAAAUUUCACUAGCAAAAAGUAAACUUAAUAAAAUUAUAUUUAAACAGUAAUAAAAAUUAUAUGUGCACAAAGUGUGUAAAGGUAGCUUUGUUUGUAAAUAAUAUUAAAAUUAGAUUUGUUAUGCUA